AUGAUGCGAAUGGGGGACCUGACGCUGCAGCCGACGCCUCCGAUCCCACCCGAGAUCGAGGGCUACCUCAAGAAACUCAAACGCAAGACCAGGAGCCUCGCGGGCAACUGGAACAAACGCUGGUUCUUUGUGAACCCGCGACGUCGGGAGUUUGGCUACGCGGACAACCGCUCCAGCGCCCCACGAAGCUCGAUUUACCUGGACGAUAUCACUGCCGUGGUGCAGUUCGACGACACGCACUUCCAGGUCGAGAGUCGCACGCGCAACUUCUUCCUCUGCGGAGAGAGCAAGGCGAGCACGGCGUGCUGGGUCACGAGCUUGGAGGGCUACCGCAAGAAGCUCAUCGAGUACGAGAAGGACAAAAUCGCGUACGCCGCGGCCGCCGCUGCAAAGGCUUCAGCCGCAGCAGCGGCACAACCGCCUCAACCUCAACCGGCAGCACCAACGUGUCAACCUAGCAGCAAGAAGAAGAAGAGCCGAGACAGCUCGGAAGCGGACGAGCGCCAUCCAGCCAACGACUCGUUCGACUCGUCCUCUUCUUCUUCCAUGAGCUCCACGGCGUCUUCGUCCAAGUCGAAGCGAGGCAGUGGCAAGACCGAGUACUCACCGUCCGACCGACUGCCACCAAAGAGCGAGCAGAGAUCGCCGUCUCCUCUUGCCAGGGACAGCAGGAGAUCCAGCAGUCGAAAAAAGCGCAACCGCGAGCGUCACCGAGAGCGCGGGCGUGAUCGCGACCGGGACCGCAAGUUUGAACGGGAGAGCAAGCGCGAGUCGAGCAACGACCGCGACAGAUCCGGCUGCAGCGACCGAGAGAGAUCAGGGAACAGCGAUCGAGAGCGGUCAGGACACAGCGACAGGGACCGAAGUCGCGACAGAAAUGCUCGAGCUCCGAGUGGGAGGGGGUCAGUCAUGCAGGCGUGGGUAGACGACUUCUAG